GUGAUCUCGUUUGCGUUCAGUGCCCAGACCAACGCGAACCAGACGCAGGACAUCAUUGAUGGCAAGCUUGACAAGCGAAAGAAGGGCACCUAUGGACCUCCUUUUGGCAAGAAGUGCUUGCUGUUCAUCGAUGAUCUGAACAUGCCUGCCAAGGAGAAGUAUGGUGCUCAGCCACCUAUUGAGUUGCUCCGCCAGUGGAUGGACACUCAAGGCUGGUAUGAGAGAAAGACCGCAGAGUUCCGAAACCUGGUGGACCUGAUUUUCAUCGGUGCAAUGGGCCCGCCGGGUGCUGGACGGCCUUUCCUGACUGGCCGGUUUCAGCGGCACUUCAACCUCGUCUUCGUUACUCCGUUCGAGCAAGAGAGCCUUCAAAGGAUUUUCCAGACCAUCAUGCAGUGGUUCUUGGGCCGAUUUCCUGGGGCUGUGGCCGGUGUGGCGAACGCAGUGGUGAGAUCCACGAUACAGCUUUACGAGGACAUGUCUGCGGCAAUGCUGCCCACCCCGGCAAAGAGCCACUACACGUUCAACCUCCGCGAUUUGGCGAAGGUCCAUCUCGGAAUUUGCCGAUGCCAAAAGAAGUCAAUGGAGUCGGCCGAUGACCUCGCGAGGUGCUGGGCACAUGAAGCCCACCGCGUGUUCUUUGAUCGUCUCGUCACGAAAGACGAUCAGACAUGGUUCCGGGAGAAGAUGAGCGAGAUUCUAAAGGAGCGGCUGGAGAUCAUCUGUCGGUCAACAGCAUGUCGGUCAUGUCGCUGA